AUGACUACAAGAGUUCAAACAGUUAAUGGCGAUGUGAGUCCCAGCGCGCUCGGCCUGACGCUCACUCAUGAGCAUUUGCAUAUGAAAUUCACACAUUUCUACAGACAACCGCCAAAACAAAUUGCCGAUAAAUUUCAGUUAGGAUUUUCGCUCGAAAAUGUCGGAUUUUUAAGACAAUACCCAUACAGUUCUCAAUGUAACUUACUUCUUAAUGACCCAGAAUCUCAGCAAGCUGUUUUAAAUGAUGUCAAGGCUUUUAAAACGUUUGGCGGUGGUACUAUUGUGGAGAACUCUACAGUAGGGCUAGAGAGAAACAUCGAAUUCCUUAAGAAUGUUUCUUCCAACACUGGUGUACACGUUGUAGCUGGAACAGGUUUCUACAUAGCAGACACGCAACCCGACUCUUCCAUAAACAACACCAAAGAAGAGCUUUACAAUCACAUGUUAAAGGAAUUAACAGAAGGCUGUGUUGAUUAUCAAUCAGUAAAAGCGGGAUUUGUUGGGGAAAUUGCUAGUGUUUGGCCCAUAAAAGAUUUCGAGCGCAAAGUUAUCACGGCAUCCGGUGAGUUACAAGCGCAGUUGAACUGCGGGGUAAGUUUUCACCCACACCGAGAUCCAGAAGCCCCAUUCGAGAUAAUGCGUUUAUAUCUGGAGGCGGGUGGGCGCGCAGACAAAGUUGUUAUGUCACAUUUGGACCGUACAUUGUUACAAACUGAGAAACUGUUGGAAUUCGCUGAUUUAGGUGGAUACUGUCAGUUCGAUCUCUUCGGUACGGAGGUUUCGUAUUAUCAGCUCAAUGAGACUUUCGACAUGCCUUCAGAUUCACAACGCAUGGAGAAAAUACAAGCACUAAUUAAGGAAGGUCGAGAGGAUAAAAUUCUUAUGUCUCAUGACAUUCAUACUAAACACAGGCUGAUAAAGUUUGGCGGUCACGGAUAUUCUCAUAUAAUAAACAACGUGCUACCUAGAAUGAAGGCUAAAGGCAUUUCGCAGGCUACCAUAGACAAAAUAACUGUUGAAAAUCCCGCGAACUGGUUAACGGUUAACUUUUAA